GGAAGGCGCGAGCGGCGACGGCGGGAUGAGAAGAGAAUAUGAGCAGCUGCCUUCGACAGGACGCUGUAGAGACGGAACAAGUGCUCGAGUCUCUGCGCGGGGCGCCUGCGUGGGUGCUGCGAAGGUUUCCAGUUUCCAGACCGGCACCCCGGUCUCACUGUUUGGGGUGUUGGGGCUGGUGCAAACGGGCGCGCGAGAGUGCUGGGUGGGUAAACAAAUGAACGACAAACACGCAGGGCGCGGGCGGCGGCUGCGGAGCGGGCAGGAAAGAAAGGAAACGGAGUGCAAUGCGCGCCUGGGGAAGUGGCAGCGAGGUCGAGGUCGAGGUCGAGGUCGGCGGCGGGCAGCCGUGGGAGCUCGCGGGCUCGAAGGGUUUUUCGUCGUCGGCGCAGAGCUGCUCGGGGACCCCUGCGCGCCACACUAUGCGCGUCGAAGCGCAAAUCCGCACCAGCGCGGACCACCAUUGCCCGGCAGGGAUGCUGAGCAGUGAAAACGACGAGCCGCAGGGACCGGGAUGCCGGGGCUUUGGGCGCGAAGGCCCAGCGUGCCGAACACGGCUAGCCCGGCCCCGUUCCGCGCAAGUGAAUGGCCCUGCGCGGGCCUGCAAACGUUCUUUUCUGCUCGCAAGUCACACUGCGACAUCGCUCGAGUCAACCCCGCCUUCGUGCAGCGCCGCACGCCUCGCCAGGAGCCAGCAGCAGCGCUCACGCAGCCCGCGAUGCUGCAGCCGGCCGUCUCUUUUAUCCAGAGCUUCACGCGCCCCCGGUGCGCCGUGGGAGCGCCUCUCCUGCGUCGCUCUCCUCUAGCGCCUCGGACCUGUCCAUGGGCGGGCGGCGGGCCCGGUGUAGCACGACGGUGCGA